UGUCAUACAUGCGCAGUGAGCAACAUGCCAAUCUCAUAAACUUAUCCAUUCAAUCAUCCUUAAGCAUGGAAUCACGGUGAAAGCGAGAUAACAUUACGAAACGAUUAACGCAGCCGGCAAUGCAUAGUUUAUGUUUGAAUGAACCACAGCGCAGCUUGCUGAAUUGUUUGUAAAUAUAUGCAGGCAAUGAUUUUCAUCCCAAAGGAUAAUCGGCGUCGUAGAUUUCAGCUUGUGAGAAUAAAUUCAAUUCAUUCCAUCUUAACUACCAUCAUGGUGCUCAUGAAUAUUGUGUUUAUUUACGGAUUGUUUGAUUCCAACUAUGUGAAAGAAGAUGUAUAUUUUGAAAUUGUAGAACCAGAAACUCUUCAUUAUACUUUCCGGGCAAGACCAGCUCAGGACUUUGGUGUUCCAUUUAAUAGCACCUAUCGUAACAUUGGACUUGUUUUGGCAGAACCUCGUGAUGGUUGCAGUGCGCCUUUAAAUACAUUAGAACUUCGGAAUAACAUUGUCCUGAUUGAUAGAGGGGGCUGCUCUUUUUUAAGUAAGUGCAUACAAGCUGAAAGAGCUGGUGUAGUUGGAGCAAUAAUUUGCGAUAAUGAUGUCUCCAAUGAUGAACAGUACAUUGAUAUGAUUGAUGAUACGACAAAAAGGAACUGUUCAAUCCCAGCAAUAUUUAUUUUAGGUAGAGAUGGAUUUAUGAUCAAGAAAAAUCUGAAUACGCACAAUCUAAUAAGAGCUGUAAUAAAUAUACCUGUCAAUAUGACUCAUGUGUUACCACAUCAACAAAAGAAACCUCCAUGGGUUUUAUGGUGACCGUGCACUUUUUGUAAAUAAACUUUUGGAGGUAAUAUAAAUAAAAUAAUUGAAUAAAUGGAUGAAUAUAGUGAAA